CUCUUCCUUUCCCUCCCUCUCUACCUUAUUUCUCUCUUCAGCCUCGCAUCAUCAAUGAUUUUAGUUUCGGGAUUAAACUCCUGACGCUAUAUCUCUACUUCGUCCUAUACCCUUAGAGCCUAUUUUGCCCUUUGCCGCUUUUGAGUCCGAUCCUUCGGAUUAUUACGAGUCCCCGACUCAUCACCGACCACCAUGCUCCAAGCGCAGAGCCAGCAACACGUUUUCUCCCACCAGCAUCAGUAUCCCCAGGCUGAUCCCUCGUGGCUUCAGCACCAACAACAGCAGCAACAGCACCAUCAGGCCCAGCCGCACCCACACCAGUCGCAGCAGCAGCACGCUUCCUUAGUCGCCCAGCAGCACGCCCAGGUGCAGGCUGCUGCCGCCGCGGCGCAGCAACAACACUAUGGACGCCUUGCCAUGAACGGCAACGGCGCUGGUAAUCCCGCGCAGGGAGCCGGCGGCGCCGGCAGUAUGGGUGGAGAGGGUCUGUCGAAUGCGGUCUCCGUCAUGGAUGGCGGAAUCAGCGAGGAGAAUCGCAAGGUCUUCAUUUGGGUCGCCGAACUGUUGGAUCCAACUCGCAGAGAAGCCGCUUUGAUGGAACUGAGCAAGAAGCGUGAACAAGUCCCCGAACUGGCCCUUGUCAUCUGGCACUCUUUUGGUGUCAUGACUGCGCUCCUUCAGGAAAUUAUCUCAGUCUAUCCGCUUUUAAACCCUUCUCAGCUGACGGCUGCCGCUUCAAAUCGAGUCUGCAAUGCGCUGGCGCUUUUGCAAUGUGUCGCAUCCCACAACGAGACCCGUACCCUUUUUCUGAAUGCUCACAUCCCUCUCUUCCUCUACCCCUUCCUCAACACCACCUCCAAGUCCCGCCCUUUCGAAUAUCUCCGACUAACAUCGCUGGGCGUUAUCGGCGCAUUGGUGAAGAAUGACUCAUCCGAUGUGAUCAACUUCCUUCUCACAACCGAGAUCAUCCCUCUUUGCCUUCGUAUCAUGGAGACUGGAUCGGAGCUGAGUAAGACUGUCGCAAUUUUCAUUGUACAGAAAAUCCUCCUCGACGAUGUGGGAUUGGGCUACAUCUGCGCCACAUAUGAGAGAUUCUACGCAGUGGGCACUGUUCUCAGCAACAUGGUCACCCAGCUUGUCGAGCAACAGACCGUCCGCCUACUCAAGCAUGUUGUGCGCUGUUUCCUUCGUUUGAGCGACAACAGCCGGGCCCGAGAGGCUUUGCGGCAAUGUCUCCCCGAGCCUCUUCGGGAUGCCACGUUCUCUUCGGUCCUCCGCGACGACGCAGCCACCAAGCGCUGCCUGGCUCAGCUCCUCAUCAACCUGUCCGACAACAUCUCAGAGGGAGCUCCGCCAGCCAUGUAAAAUACGAAAAGCAUCUGUUUCUUUCUCCCCGAAAUAUUCCACCUUAUGAUAUGCAUGGGAAAGGCUACUGGCGAUUAACGGUCACAAGGCGCAAAGUGUGGGUGAAGAACUGGAUGGGUCCAACGCGUGAGAUAUGUCGUCGAUUGAGGGCAUCGGGUCCACCAUCUGUUUUCUCUUCAUUCCUGGUUGUUUCUCUCUUUUCACCGCAUUUAUAUUGGGUCACUUAAGGGUUCGGUGAUAUGUAUGCGUGAUCGUGGUUCUAAUGUAUUCUUGUGUCUUCUUUUUUCUUUUUUCU